AUGCUUGCUAUCACCACGCUCCUCCGAUAUUCAACGGGUAUUCGUCACACAUCGCUCCGAGCCCUCUGUGUGGGCGCGCACACACCAAGGUUCUCCUCAUCUGCGUCCUCGGAUAGCCACGUAAGAAUACUCGGCCAAGCGUACCCAACCGAUACCACAACCAACAUCACCUCUGCGAUUAUAGACAAGCUCGAGCGCAGACUGCACUUGAAUGAGUCUCAUCCCAUCGGGAACCUCCGCUCGCUCAUCGAACGCCAUUUCCCUUUGUUCACCCACCUGUCCGAUGUUUCGCCCAUUGUGACGCCCGCAAAAAACUUCGAUGACCUCUCCUUUCCAGCAGAUCAUCCUGGCCGCUCCGUCACAGAUAGCUACUACGUCAACCGGGACUUUAUGCUCCGUACACACACCUCCGCACAUGAGGUUGAAACAUUUGCUAAAGGCGAGCGCAAGUGGCUACUCACGGCGGACGUCUACCGACGCGACGAGAUUGAUGCAUCCCACUACCCCGUCUUCCACCAGAUGGAGGGCGCACGUAUCUUCCAUGCUGACGCGAACAGCAUGAAGGAGCUGGCAGAGGAGAACGUGUCUCUUGUAGAGUAUCUCAAGAGCACGAAUAUAAUCAUCGAGGACGUUCCCCAUAUCAGUGCGUCUAAUCCAGUCCAGCCGGCUUACGAUCCCCGUCAUGCAGAGCUUGUCGCCCAUAACUUGAAGCUGUCUUUGAAUAGUCUCAUCUUGGCACUCUUUGGCGGCCGGAAAGACGAGCCUCUGAGGGUUCGUUGGAUAGAGGCCUACUUCCCCUUCACGAGCCCUAGUUUCGAGGUCGAGGUUUUCUUCAACGGCAAAUGGCUUGAGAUUCUGGGCUCCGGUGUCGUCCUGCAAUCCACGCUUGACCGAGCAAAUGUACCCAACAGCAUUGGAUGGGCCUUCGGACUGGGUCUGGAGCGCAUUGCCAUGAUUUUGUACUCCAUCCCAGAUAUCCGCCUCUUCUGGUCACAAGAUUCACGCUUCCUGUCUCAGUUCGCGCCAGGAAGGAUCAGCACCUUCAAGCCAUACUCUAAGUACCCGGGGUGUUACAAGGACUUGAGCUUCUGGCUACCGCAGAGCGGUCUACACCAGAACGACCUCUGUGAUAUCGUGCGCGAAGCCGCCGGGGAUUUGGUGGAGAACGUGCAACUAAUUGACGCGUUCACCCACCCGAAAACAAACCGCGCGAGCCAGUGCUACCGAAUCAACUACAGGUCUAUGGACCGGUCCUUGUCCAAUGAAGAGGCGAACGUUAUACAUAAAGGCGUCAAAGCACGGCUGGUGGAGAAUUUCGGAGUAGAGAUUCGUUGAAUUAGCUAUAAGAUAAUAGAGUAUGGUCUAUCCACUGCCAACCCUACACUGCCUCCCUCCUCCUCUAUGAGUCGUCUGCCAAGACUAUGAUGAGGCAUCCUGGACGACACCAACUUGCGCAGCGCGCAGUACACGAUCCUUGAUCAUGUAACCGAUUUUUUGGCACUCAAGCACCGUCCCUGGCUCUUUGUCAGGGAUUGGUGCUUGGUAGAGUGCCUCAUGACGAUUUGGGUCGAACUGCUCGCCUGUUGGGUCGAAGGGUUUGACCUGGUAUUUGAAGAGUGUUUGAAGGAGAAGUCUAUGUGUUAUCUCGACACCGUGAUGUAGGUCGUGUAGAUGCAGCUCCGCCGUCUUCUCUGUUGACGACGAUGGAGCGUCGGAUGCCGGCGGCUUGAUGGCGUCUGGCGGGACGGACUUCAGUGCCAUGGCGAGGACGUCAACGGUCUCGAGGAGGUCGCCGGCGAACUUCGUGAUCGCAAAGUCGCGCUGCUGCUCCUUUUCGCGCGCAGCAUUACGCUGCAUGUUCAGAAAGUCGGCUUGCAGGUAUCGUAGCCGGCCCACGAGGUCUUGUACCUCCUCCUCCUUCUUUUUUAGCUUCUCCAGGCAUUCCUUCUCACCAUUAGAGCCCUCCGCUGAGCCCCCGCCCUCUUUGCUCCCCUCCGCAGGCCGCUGGUCUGCUUGCGCCUCUGACUGUGCUGAGUAAGAGCGUGCGCCCGCGAUCCUACGGCGGCCGGCGUUACACGAUGGACGUGCAGCAGCGCGUGUCCCGAACGAGGAAGAGCAGGAGCGGAAGACGUUCAGUGCUGAUCUGCAGCUCAUGAUUGGUGCGCAGAGGCUGGAAGCUGGGAACGGGAGGUCGUGUGGGCGGUGACGCAGAGGAUGCGUUACGAGAGUUCCCGUCCAAAAUUUCGAGAUCUCGAGUGCCAGCAGGCCAUCACGUGAGAGCUG